CCCCCAGCUGGCCCUGUUUGCCAUCGCUACCCCCCUCCAGCCCCCAUCCAUCCUGGAAAUCAGGACCAAGAAUAUGAUCUUCAGGACCAAACACAAGCUGGACUUCACCCCCAUGGCCUGCGAUGCCAAGGGGAAGAUCGUGCUGGGCUACACUGAGGCUGAGCUCCGGGUCCGAGGCUCUGGAUACCAGUUUAUCCAUGCAGCUGAUAUGCUCUACUGUGCUGAGAACCACGUCCGCAUGAUCAAGACAGGAGAGAGUGGGCUGACGGUGUUCAGACUGCUCACUAAGGAUAACCGCUGGAAGUGGGUCCAAGCCAACGCCAGGCUGGUCUACAAGAACGGCAAGCCUGACUACAUUAUCGCCACCCAGAGGCCCCUGGUGGAGGAGGAGGGAGGAGAGCACCUGAGGAAGCGUUCCAUGCACCUCCCCUUCACCUUCGCCACGGGCGAGGCCCUUCUCUACCAGAGUAGCUACCCCAUCCAUGGCCUCACCGACUCACUCCAGGCUAAAGGCAAGACCAAGUCCAAGAAGGGCAAGCUGGACAAGAACUCGUCGAAGGAUAACGGUGGACUGGACCCCAGCUCCCUGCUCGGGGCGCUGAUGAGGCAGGAUGAGUCUGUGUACGUGUGCCAACCAGCCGUCGAGCCCAAGAUGUCCUUCCACAGUAGUCUGUUUAGUGAGCAAGACGAGGGGGAAGGGCAGAGCAGUGGAGGUUAUAGCGGUGGCCCUCUGGCUGGGGGUGGGGGAGAGAGCUGGAGCACCGUGCCCAACAGGGUCACCACCACCUCCACUGGCCCCAACGGGGAGCCUCCGUCCAGCUUCGACCCGCUGCUCGCCACCCUGGACUCACUAGCUCUGGAGGGGGACGAGACAUGCUCUAACAGCGAGCUGUUCUCUGCUCUGGAGAACCUGGGUCUGAACGCGGAGGAUCUGGAGCUGCUACUGCUAGAUGAGAGGAUGAUCAGAGUGGAGAUGGAUCUAGACUACAUCCCCUCGCUCAACGACCUGCUCACCAACAACGAGAUCCUCUCCUACAUCCACGACUCGCUGGAGAACAGGACAGAGGAGGGCCAGGGUGUGGACAGCCACGUGUCCAUACCACAACCCUCACCCUCAACCACAACCCAUCCCCCUGGCCCUAUCCCUAAUUAUGCCCUUAUCACUAACUCUCAUACCCAAGCCACCCCCACUAUGCAUAUCUCUACCCUCCACCCCCAGGCUACUAACCCUUCUGCCCCCCAACCUACGUUACCCGCUCAGCUACCCCCUCACAGACUACCAAAGCAGCCACCCAUAGUGCAGCUCUCCCAGCAGAUGCAGCAGCACCUCAACUUAGUAAAGCCCGUUCUGGUAAAAUACCCCUGGCCCCCAACACAAACGGAUGUCCCCACGCCAAGCCAGCCAGACACACUGCAGCACACAAACUCCCUAACCGUGGUCCAUAAUGGUCACUGGCUUCCCCAGCAGCAGCUUACGCAUGCAGGGCUAGAUGACCACUGCCACAGCCUUCACCCCCUGGUCAAUGGUAAGACAUCCCAGCUGGGGCCUCACGUGGCCGGGCAGCUCAAACACCACCAGCACCAGAACAACAUCCAUCAGAGCCAGCAGGAGUGGCAGCAGCAGAACCAGCACCUACAGGUCCAGCUUCAGUCUCAGUCUCAGUGCCAUUUCAAACAGCAGAAGGCUAGUAGCUGCGGCAGUGCUACUCUCAACGGGGUGCACCCUGAUCCCCAUUGGCAGAGUUACGGCUACAACGACCAGUUGGGACUGACAACUAAUGGAGCUAACGGAGCCUGCACCGUCUCCUACCCCAACGGGCACGGGGACACCCUCUCACACACUACAGGAGGGGAGGUCACUCACAUGGAUUACGGUAUGGGUGAUUCGACUACCGUGGGCCUGGUCAUGAACAGGGGUACAGUAGGGGGCAUAGAUCACUACCAGGAACAAGGAGGGGUGACUGCUACCCCCUCAGACCAUCUGGUGCAUCACAAACAACAUCAUCCACAGGUCCCAUCCACCUACUUCCCCCACCAGUGCCCCACCACACAGAACUCCUUAGAUUACAUCCUGGGACUAUCACAGCCUCAUCACACCAUGCCUACUCUGGACGCCUAUGGCAUUUUGAACAGCCCCGCUUCCCAAGAUGCCACUUGCUGCAAGAUGGAGAACGGCUGCAUCCGCAACAACACCAAGGUGGCCUACACAGGGAGCUGUCUACUGCCCAAUGUGAACGGCCAGACAGCCAGCGACAGUCUCCACCCCCACCCUGAAGCCCUACAGACCCUGCCCACCCUCCUGGACCUACAGACUACUGGGUUCUACCUCUGAGAGGGGGAGCAGGGGUGGGUGAGGAGGGGGUGUCAGGGCAAAGAGAAACCACGGGACCAUUUUGUCAGGACAAGAGAGGGGGGGGGGCAUAAAAAAAUAAACAGAGCGAAGAGGAGGAGAAGCAGAAGAAGAAUUCAAGUGAACUGUGGUUGUUACGACUUUGUUUUCUAUGUAACAUUCUCUCCAUUUCAUUUGUGUAUGACGGACUCAGUACUCAGUGAAAGAGCUCAGGAUAGUGUCUCUCUGCACUCUCUGACAGUAGUUCCCCCACUGGCACACAGCUCAGUGGAAACUAAAUGCAUCUUCUCAUGUUGUUGCACAUUUUUUAUGAAGGCUAUGGUUGGUUG